AUGAAUGAUCACUUUAGGCGUUAGUUACUUCAAGACAUUGGUUUCCUCUCAGUGUGACAUUAGCAUUGUACAAGGCACCGUAAAACAUUCACACUGGGUAUUGACCAUCCCCAGAUUCCCCACCACGUGCUGUAAUGGUAUCGUCCAGAUAUGACCUUUGACCUGUUUGUGUGGUUAGUUAUUAUGUGGCUGCGCGACGUGGCCAGGGUGUUACCUGAGUCCGGCCAAGCUCUUACCUGUCCCAAGGACUCAACAUUGUCUUCCUGACGCACCGGAUACUGCCACGCAGGCACUGUGCACUCAGGAAACAGUUUAACAUCGUUGUUGAUGGAAAAAAGCUACGCACAGAAGAGCCGGAUAUCGAGAAAAUGUCUGUCGGCGGUGGAGGCGGGGAUGGGGAGGGCACCAGGCACCCCCUCAAGAUCUUCGCCAACAUCUUCAUCUCCUUCAUCGGAGCAGGAGUACUUGGUGUUCCUUAUGCCUUCAAGGAGGCUGGAAUAAUCGAGGGGAUGGUCAUCAUGUCUGCAGUUGGUGUCCUCAGUGUGAAAGCCAUGCUGAUGAUCAUAGACAGUAAAUACAAAAUCAACAGAGACAAGAGACCAAAGAGGACAGAUGACAAGGAGUUUGCAGCAGACAUUGAGAUGGAGGUCCUGUUAGAUGGGGAUUCAGCACACGGUGAAAACAAUGGGGAUCUCAAGACAGGUGGAAAACAGCACAGACGACAGUCAUCUUUUGACCACCAUUUAGAAGAGCUGGACUAUGGAGAUGUUGGAUACCAUGCUAUUGGACCAGUAGGAAGGCAGCUUGUGGAAUGUUCCAUUGUUGUGUCACAAACAGGCUUCUGCUGUUCUUAUAUCAUAUUCAUCUCACAGAACCUUAUGCACUAUGUGGAUAACUCCCACAUGUACCAAUGGUUGCUGAUCCUGCUGCCACCACUCGCCAUACUGACCAUGCUGAGACAGCUCAGUAACCUGGCUAUCUUCAGUUUGUUUGCUGACUUUGCCAAUGUCUUUGCAUACGGUGUGGUCUUCUGGUUUGACUUUGAACAUGUCAGCAAAGUCAGGGUGGAGACUAUCCAUAGUGGAGAUUACAUCCAAGAACCAAAGCUUCAUCCGAAGCUGAUGACUUUGGAUGGUGUACCCAUGUUCUUUGGCAUGGCCAUCUACUGUUAUGAGGGGGCAGGCAUGAUCCUUGCACUGGAAGCAUCAGCAGCAAAAGACAGCAAACCGUUAUUCAGAAAAAUAUUUAUCUUCACCAUGUUUGUUGUCACCACCCUGUACCUGGUGUUUGGGGUCUGUGGAUACCUGUCUUUUGGACCAGAAACCAACAGUAUCAUCACACUGAAUCUGCCGCCAGGUGUAUUCCCUCUGUUGGUAAAAGGCUGCCUUUGCUUCUCUCUAUUCUUCACAUACCCAGUGAUGAUGUUCCCUGUGGUCCAGAUUCUGGAGAAGAAAUGGUUCAGGGACCCACUGAAACAAACCUUCCUUGGGAACACCCUGCGUGCAUGCCUGGUGCUGACCACAGGGAUGGUGGUGCUGCUCAUCCCCAGUUUCUCCACCAUCAUGUCCCUCCUGGGCUCCACCUGCUGUGCCUUACUGGCUUUCAUCCUGCCAGGACUCUUCCAUAUGAGAAUACACAGGGAGUCUAUAAGCAAGUGCCAUUAUGCCCUGGAUGUCUUCUUCAUUGUAUUAGGAGUUGUAGGGUCAGUUGUAGGUACCAUGGAUGCCUUACAGAGGAUGCUGCCCAAGUCAUCAGCAACAGAUGGAGGAAUGGAUGUCGUGACAACAAGAACAUUCCAUUCACUCAACCAAACACUGAAUGGGACCAUUUGAUUAACUGUAUCCAAAAUAUUGUAGUGUUGUUGCACAAAUGUCCAUUCUAUAAUCAGUACAUAUAUUGUAUUUACAUAAAUACCAAUUAGGUUUUACCUGGUGGGUAAAUUUGCAGGUUUUCUUUAUAGUUCUAUUCAUCUGAACUAGAAUUUGAAAUUUUAAGUUAGAGUUCUGUUGUUUCAAUUCUUUAAUAUUUUUCUCAAAUACCUCUUGAUGCAAUAGAUAUAUAUACAGGACAUAUUUAAGACUUAAUUUAGUACAUUCCGAUUAUAUUUUGUCCCUCUUAAUGACAGUCAUACCAUACCAACAGUGUUUCAAUAUUCAAAUUUCAAGAUUGUAGUCUAAGUGGAAAAAGAUUCAACUACAGCACACUGUGUG